AUGUCAACUGUCAGAAUUCCUUCACCUUGCUUGCUCAUAAGCGUGCUUCCAACUAGAUCCUGUACCUUGAUUAAGAGUACAUGCUUUUUGGGUUCUGCCAAGAGGGCCUCUGGAGCAUUUGGGUUGAAGUCUUCCUCCUUCAGAGUAUCUGCAAUGGCAGUAUAUAAAGUGAAACUUAUUGGACCAAAAGGUGAAGAGCAUGAAAUCGAUGCCCCUGAUGAUAAAUACAUCCUUGAUGCAGCCGAAGAUGCAGGAUUGGAGCUGCCUUAUUCUUGUAGGGCUGGUGCCUGCUCUACCUGUGCUGGGAAGAUGAUUUCAGGAUCAGUGGACCAAUCAGAUGGAUCGUUCCUGAAUGACGAGCAAUGUGAUAAGGGUUACGUGCUGACCUGUAUUGCAUACCCAAUUUGUGAUUGUGUGAUUCACACCCACAAGGAAGGUGAACUGUAUUGA